GGUGAUUGACGGGGAAAUAAUUGAUGUCCCAAGCAAUGUCAUGUCGAUCUUGUCGAAUGAAGAAUUUGAUAAAUUUUCUACUUUUGGAUGCUGAACUGCAAAGCUAAUCGACACUACAUUGUGUGAGGAGUCACAAAUUACCCGUCUGAUUGUAACAUGGAUGCUGAACAGACGAACGAAAUGACAGAAAAGGAGCCUGAGAUCGAGAGGGAGUCACAAUAUGACUCUGACAGCAUCCUGACAGAAACAACAAGUGUACUUCAAGAACUACUAGACAAGCUUGAUGUCCAUACGGCAGCAUCCCAACCACCAGCAUCCAGUGAAGAAACAUCCCAAUACAAUUCAAUGCCCUGCACGUCGCAGGAUACACCUUCGUCACCAACUGCUGAGGUCGACCCUGAUCACAGACAGACACACCAGCAGAGGUAUGGCGACCCUUUUGAUGUCCAGGUGCCUUCCUUGGUAUCGCUUCCCAACGAGGGGGAGAGGUGGGCAAGACUGAGGAACCAAUUGAUUGGAUCACCUUAUUUCGAGCCCUACUUAAGGAAGACUGAAGAGCCGUCCGCGUGGAGUAUCGAUGAGGCAUUUGUGAGCUAUUGUCUAGACAGCAUAGAGGGGGUUCUGAACCCAGAAGCUAUCAUGGCCACUGAAUCAACACAACUCAAGACUGUGAAGAAAACAACAAGGAGAAAAGGGAAACCACAAAAAUAUGAGAGAGUAAAGGACAAACCGUUCGAUGAUUCUCCGCUGCCACCUUCCAGAAAGAGGAAGAGUCUCCAGAAUGGAAUGUCACUCAACACCGAGCAUCAAUCACUGUCAGUCACUGAUAGUAAUGUCAUGUCAAUCAGCGAUGAGUUAGAGGAAGACGAUUUCUUUGCCAUGGAUGACAAUCCCAGUGAUCUGGAUUACCAACCGGUACCCAUCAUACGAUAUCCCAAGCGAAGACGUAAAAGUCUUCCAAGGACCAUCAAAAACAGCAGGGUAUCAUCAAAAACACCAACAACACCAAAAACAACAACUCCGAAACCCAAGAAACGUAUUGAAACUGACAAACUCCUUACCAAAAAGAAGGCCCCCGCAAAGAAGAAGAAGAGGGCUAAGAAGGUUCCCAAGCCCGAGCAGAAUGGACCGCCACGUAAAAGAGGACGCCCCAAAAAAGUGAUUUCAGAAAGCCAAAAGGCAACUCUGAAGGCUGAGAAAGCGUCCAAGCAGUAUGUCCGCAUGGAAGUUAGGCUCCAGAGGCUACCAAAGAUGUACGAGUGUAAAACAUGCUUUGAGCAGUUUCCAGAGGCAGAGGACAUCAAGAAUCAUUUCUUUAGUGUCCAUCGACGGGAGAGUAUUCCAUUUCCAUCUCAGUUAACCAACCCCGAGGGCGUAGGAGGGACCAGCACCGAAGCAGGAGUAACUGAUCCUGACAGCCAGUUAACGGACAUCACCAAGUUAGCCACUCUCCUCAGGCAGUGUCCCAAAUGCAAGAAGUUUGUUGACAACAUGACCGUCCACAAACGAGAACAUCGGGAGAGAAACUUCAUCUGCGAAGAGUGCGGCAAGGGCUUCACCGAGAAUCAGAUCCUGCAAAAACAUCGCAAGAUACACGAGAUGGACCGCACCGGGGAUCGCUACAAGUGUGAGGUGUGCGACAAGACGUACCGCUUUUCGCAGAACCUUCGCAGUCACAUGCUGUACCACGGCGGCGAGAAGACCUUCAUCUGCGACCACUGCGGGAAAUCUUUCUACACCAAUAACAGACUGAUUAUCCACUCGGCGAUACACAUGAAGGAAAAGCCUUAUAAGUGCAGCGAGUGCGGUCGUGGUUUCUCACAGAAGAGUAACAUGCAGAAACAUGAACGUGUCCACACCGGGGUGAAGCCAUACCAGUGUGAGCUCUGCAUGGAGUCCUUCAACCAUAAAGUGAGUUUGAAGAACCAUAAAAAGAAGCACCACGGCAUCGACUGGUGGAAGGAUGUUGGAAGGCCUAAGCCGAUCACAACCAAACGAGCCAAGGAUCCAACACCACCACAAGGUGUGAUUGUUAACAGAGAGCUACAAUUAACAGGCCAAGCAAAACAGAACACUGUACAGCUCCCGAAAGAACAACCUGUGAAUAAUAUGGAGAACCAAUGGAAGGGCAGAACCGUACCAAUACCCCUCGAACGGGAAAACAAUGCAGUCGGUCACUGGCGAGAUGACCGACAACCCGUCAGAGAAAUAGAGCAGGUGGAGAGCCAGUGGCAUCGCCAAGAAAAUGAAAUGCCCAUAGAUCAUCAUAACCAACCGGAGGAGCCUGUGAGGUUACAGAACUUGCAGCCAGCGGGCAACCAGUGGAAGGGCGGUAAUGUUCCAUCAUUGGAGAGACAGGGACAACCGGGGGACCCUGGAAUGGCAGCAUUCUUCUACCCGUCUACCUAUCUUCAAGGAUACCCAUCGGGAUACCCUGGAAUGCCUGUUAUACCUUUAAAUUCAGAGACGUCUGGUCAUCCCGCUACCAGGCCUUCCUAUUGAAUCUUAACAAAAUAAAAUAUUGUGAGGGGUCGCCCACAAUUAUCAACAUUUUCGCAGGCGUACAAACCAUACACUUUAUCAAUACCCCCCCCCCCCCUAUCCUAAAAGUGUACCAAAAAAAACACUCUACACUAUUCUGCAAGUUAACCCUGUUUAUUAUGAGCACGGAUAUGAAAUGUAUAAAGAACAUACACAAGUUGAACAAAUACCCUCCCUACACAUGUAAUUUCCUGCUCAGAAGACCCAGCUUAUCUGACUUACGAAAUGUAAAUUAAACACACAUAAACACUGCAUCAUAUCUAUUUAUGCAAAAAGGGUUUGUUUGACAUUUUUUUCAGUAAUGAAAGCGUCUUGCAGGCAUCAACCCCCUCCUUCCAGCAUACACCCAGGGUGCGGUUUAUACGCUUGUGAAAAAAGUAUUGAUAAUUGUGAACGUCCUCUACAUGUAAGUUACUCAUGCAACUGUUGAACAUUUUGUCACCUGCCUCUUUUUUAGAAAUGUCCUCAGACAUUCCUCAACUUCUUGUUAUCUCUCGUCCAAAAGUCCUGUUAACGAAGGGAUUUUGUAGUGUACUUCAUCGGUAAAUGCAACAGAAGCUUUUUCCAUUUGACGUUUUAUUACAUGAUUUUAUGCAAACACUACAUGAAUAGCAAGCCAGAGAUUUCAAAACGGAGUUUUGAAUUCUUGAUCAAUUUGUUUAACAAACAAAACAUUAAAUGAUAUAGGGGCAACGAUUUUAUAACGAGACUUUUUAAUUUGUUGGAAUCAUGUUUUUCUUUUAAAAAGAGAUUUGAAUUGAAUGCUUUAUCAAUUUGUUGUGAAAAGAGCAAACAAACAAAACAUGAAUUGCUAGGUUUGGUGCAACAAGUUUGUAUCAAGACUUUUGACUUUGUUGAAAUCAUGUCUUUCUGUGUAUGCCACAAGGUUUGAUUUCUCUUGAUGUACAAAACCAGUUGCAAGUCUGUGUGUUAUGGCCUGUUUCGAAACGAUGGCUCCGUCCUCUCAUCUGAAGCCCUGAGCAUGUCUGCAAAACACGCGAUUGUUAAAACCAUCGCGGGCCAAGCAAGCCUGAGCCGAAUCCAGAGCCGAAGCCGUGGGUUUGAAAAGGACCCAAGAUUUCAUGAUACAUUUUUUGUUUCUGGUUUAUUGUAUGCAAUGCAUUAAUAUAGCAAUGUUUUACUGAACAUUUAGACCUUUAAAAAUGUCUCGUCAAUAACGUCCGUGUAAAGCAAUAGGCCUUUAGAAAACAUAUGUAAAUUAGUCAUUACCUCUAGCGCACUAGAUCACAUGUUUUUUAAUUUUUUGUGUAUAACUUUUACACAUAAUUGACCGUUUUACUCAUGUAUCUUUACCAACUUUCUUAUAUGUUUUGCCUUAUUAAGAAACUAUUUAAAUUGUAGCAAGGCGUUUUUAUUUUGUUUGUUAGUUCAGUCUUGAGCAAAAAGCUUUUACUAGAAAAAAAAAACAUUUGUAUUUUUGUAACUGUAGUUGUGCACAAGUUAUAUAUAACAACUAGAGGGCACACUGGUGAUGCUGCUUGCACAAACGCGACGGUACCGCAAGGAGACACGCGCGCGCCAUUCUGUACGUGGAAUAUGAAUUACAGGUUGGAGUUUGUUGAAUGCUACGCGAUGCUGUUUUUUUUUCAACUUACAAAAUGGCCGCACAAACACACGCUGUGCAAUGCCUGUUUUUCAACUUA